AGACACAGAGAGACAGAGAGAGACACAGAGAGACACAGAGAGAGACACAGAGAGACAGAGAGAGACACAGAGAGACAGAGGGAAGACAGAGGCAUCAGGACGAGGACCGGGUUUCUUUCUGCAGCGCUCAGCCUCAGCAGACAUGCCUAACUUUGCCGGCACCUGGAAGAUGAAGCGGAGUGAGAAUUUUGAUGAACUUCUCAAAGCCCUGGGAGUGAACACCAUGCUGAGGAAGGUGGCGGUGGCCGCGGCCUCCAACCCCCACGUGGAGAUCCGCCAGGACGGAGAUAAGUUCUACAUCAAAACCUCCACCACCGUGCGCACCACCGAGAUCAACUUCCAAGUCGGGGAAGAGUAUGAUGAGGAGACGGUGGACGGAAGAAAAUGCAAGAGCCUCGCCACCUGGGAGACAGAGAACAAGAUGGUCUGUAAGCAGACUCUGGUGGACGGCAACGGCCCCAAAACCUACUGGACCCGAGAGCUGAGCGGCGAUGAGCUCAUACUGACUUUCGGGGCAGACGAUGUAGUUUGCACAAGGAUUUAUGCCCGGGAAUGAAGCUCUGCAACUUCAUCAGGCGACGAGAGAGAGACCCGGUUGGACCACAACGCCUCGACUAAACCCAACAACACUCUGUCAUGCUAACAUGCUAACACAUUCGCAACGUAUCCUGUGUAAUCUCUCAGCAUCAGUCUGCAUAGUCUCCAAAAACAAUAGCAAUGUGUCUGGUUAUUAAUAGUGAGUAUUGUGUCUGCAGUAGCAGUGUCCAUAUCUGCAACCCUGGUGUCGGCUGUGUGUGUAGGCUUUAGUCAUGAGAUGCCUUCAUUAAGUAUUCAUGUUCAAUGACAGGAAACAAUAAAAAAAGGAACGAACAGCA